AGGGGCUCUUGGUGGCUCCUGGAGCCGUAAGAGGAGCUCGACUGCCAGCCCUUGUGAGCAGGACCGCCGGAAGGACUGGGGCCAUGCCGAGCUGCUGGAGGAAUAAUCUCCAGACCCCCACUGAGGGCCGUAGACCUCCAGGCCUUUGCCUACCUCCUCGGCUUCUGGCAUCAGGAGCUUUGCACCUGCCUGUCCUGGGUCACCCCCCAGGUGGCUUGGAUGCAGCCGCCUCCAAGGGAAACCUGUGCCCACGUCCUGCUUCUGCCUCGUGUCCUGCCCGACGCUUUGCCGCCGGACACUCUCCCACACGUGCAGAAAGGGUCUGCCGAGUCUCCGGACACUGAGGCUAGGGCCGCGCCUGUGUUUCUGCUCUGGGCCAGCUCUCUCUGGGGCCGAUGUUGUAGUGAGACAGGCGCAGGCAGGAGAUGGAUACCCUUGGUCCUCACGUUCGCGGAUUCUGUGUUUGCAAAGUCUCCUACCAGCUGAACUUGUAACCCCAAAGCCGAUGCACACCUUCCCAGCUGAGGUGGAGCCGGGCGACGCCCUGUCAACAGGCAUCCUUUUUAGGGUGUAUCUGGUGCCACGUUUUUGCAGUUUGUGCUGUUCGUUGGUGUUUCUGCAGUUUAAAAUGGCCCCAGACCUGGUGCUGGGGUGCUGUCUAGUUUCCUCAGCUCAACGGGGCUGUGACGUGCCUUUUGUAGAAAAUCUGCAUGUUCGACAAGCUUUGUUGAGGGUGCUCAAGGCGCGGGUGCGGCAGCUGCAGGCCGAGGGCGUGGCAGAGGUGCCGGUGAAGAGGGUGGCCAAGAGGGUGACCGUGGCUCGAGCCCCGGAGGCUGGCGGCGCGCAGCCGCCCAGGCAGGCCCAGGCCGGGGCCCAGGGGGCCGCCGCCACACCCAGCAGCCGCUGGGCGCAGAAACUGGACAGCGAUCAGCAGCUGACGGAGAAGCGCAAGCAGCGGCUGGAGGGGAAGCUGCGGAAGCGUGUGGAGAAGGGGGCCUGGCAAAAGCAGCUGCGCCUGGAGCCCCGGCUGCUGAGCAGGAAGCUGGCGGGCCAGCUGCAGCACUGGGAGCAGGGGGCGCCCCGGAGCCCGUGGGAGGAGCAGCUGGCACAGCUGCUGCAGGAGGCCCCACACAGGCUGAGCAGCGAGGCGGCGGCGGCUCCGGCGGACAGAGGCCCCGAGUCGCGGCUGGAGGGCCAGCAGCAGAGGCUCCUGUCCUUCUUUGAGUGCUGCCUGCUCACGGGCCACCUGCCCCUGGCCCACCACGUGCUGGUCACCCACCACAGCAAGUCCCAGCAGCAACGGCUGCUCACGCUCUCCAUGUACAACAUGGUCAUGCUCGGCUGGGCUCGCCAGGGCUCCUUCAAAGAGCUGACGUACGUGUUCUUCAUGCUGAAAGACGCCGGCCUCGCCCCGGACCUGCAGUCCUACGCGGCUGCCCUGCAGUGCAUGGGGCGCCUGGACCAGGAUGCUGGUACCAUCCGAAGGUGCCUGAAGCAGAUGGCGCAGGACGGGCUACAGCUGCAGGGGCUCUUCACAGCUGUGCCGCUGAGCGCCGAGGAGCGGGCUGAGCUCCUGCGGGCCGUGCGCAAGGCCAAGCCCACCUUCACCCCCCCGCGGCCGCCCGUGCCCUCGCCCCAGGUCAACACCUCGCCGCUGCUCCGGGAGAUCUACGCCAAGCAGGAUCCCGCUGUGUCCUACCCGAGGCUGCACUUGUCCCUGAAGGAGCUGCAGGGCCUCUUCCAACAGCAGCUUCGCGUGGAGAUGGCCACCACCAUCACCGUGGAGUCCGUGGAGAAGGUUCCACUGCUGACCAAGGAGGUCCUGCAUGCGCGGAAGACCCUGGCAGGCCUGCGCACCCGAUGGAGGACGGCGCUGUACCGGGAGCUGCAAGAGACCAAGGAGAGCGAGGCCCACGCUGCUCGAGAAGGCCGCCUCUCACUCUUCCCGUACCUGUGCCUGCUCAGCGAGAAGGAGGUUGUGAGGAUGCUGCUGCAGACCCUGCAGGCGCUGCCCGCGCAGGGAGAGUCACUUCUCUUCCUGGCACACGAGCUGGGUCUGCGCGUCUUCAAGAGGAAGCAGCUCAGAAACGAGGUGCAGGAACUGGAGCAGCGCUACUCCAAGUACCUGCACCUGCUGGCCUCCGACACCCAGGUGGCGGAACCGUGCCUGCCACGGCAGCAUUGGGAGGCACUGGGGGUGCCUGAGGCCCCCCACGAGCAGCCCUGGCCCAUGUCAGUGGUGGUGCAGCUGGGCAAGCAGCUGGCGGAGGUGCUGGUGCGGGCCGCGCAGAUGCCCAGCAGCCUGGCAGCGCCCCGGAGCCCUGGCACACUCAUCCCUGUGCUCUACCACGUGUACUCCUUCCGCAGCUUCCGCCAGAUCGGGAUCCUGAAGCCUCACCCGGCCUUCACGCAGCUGCUGGAGACGGCGGCAGAGCGCACACUGACCUUUGAGUCGACGGACGUGCCCAUGCUGUGCCCACCACUGCCCUGGACGUCGCCCCACUCGGGCGCCUUUCUGCUGAGCCCCACCAGAAUGAUGCGCUCAGUGGAGGGCAGCCAGCAGCACCAGCUCCUGCUGGAGCGCUGCCCGCCUGCCGAGCUGCACGGCGCCCUGGAUGCCCUCACCCAGCUGGGCAACUGUGCCUGGCGGGUCAACGGGCGCGUGCUGGACCUGGUGCUGGAGCUCUUCACUGACAAGGGCUGCCCUCGCCUGGGUGUGCCCGCCCCGCCCUCCGAGGCCCCCCGGCCACCCGAGGGCCGUCAGGCUCCCAAGCGCUGCUUGCUGCCCGAGGUCUCGCCUGCUGAAAAGGCUGAGAUGCGGCGGGAGCUGGCCCGGCGCCUGAAGGUGGCACGGGAGAUGCAGAGCCUGCGCGCCGAUGCACUGUACCGCCUGUCGCUGGCCCAGCACCUGCGGCACCGUGUCUUCUGGCUGCCGCACAACAUGGACUUCCGCGGCCGGACCUAUCCGUGCUCACCGCAUUUCAACCACCUGGGCAGCGACCUGGCCCGCGCACUGCUGGAGUUCGCCCAGGGCCGCCCGCUCGGCCCCCACGGCCUCAACUGGCUCAAGAUCCACCUGGUCAACCUCACGGGGCUCAAGAAGCGCGAGUCGCUGCAGGCACGCCGGGACUAUGCGGACGAGCUGAUGGAGGACAUCCUGGACUCGGCGGACCGGCCCAUGACGGGCCGCAAGUGGUGGAUGGAGGCGGAUGAGCCCUGGCAAGCCCUGGCCUGCUGCAUGGAGGUUGCCCGGGCGGUGCGUGCCCCCGACCCCACCGCCUACGUCUCCCACUUCCCAGUUCACCAGGACGGCUCCUGUAACGGCCUGCAGCACUACGCUGCCCUGGGCCGGGACAGCGUGGGGGCCGCCUCUGUCAACCUGUUGCCCUCGGACCUGCCGCAGGACGUGUACAGUGAGGUGGCUGCACAGGUGGAGGUGUUCCGCAGGCAGGACGCGGAACAGGGUGUGCAGGUAGCCCAGGUGCUGGAGGGUUUCAUCAGCCGCAAGGUGGUCAAGCAGACGGUGAUGACCGUAGUGUACGGGGUCACCCGCUACGGGGGCCGCCUGCAGAUCGAGAAGCGCCUCCGGGAGAUCCACGACUUCCCCCAGGUGCGCGGGGCCGAGACUCCAGAUCCUGCUGGCCACUGGGCAGCAGGCGAUCCUGACACAGGGUCUUGUCUCUGCCCACCGUGGGGUCCUCCAGCGGGGCCCAUGGGAGCGAGCCCACCCCCUCAGAGUGCGCGAGGUCACUGGCCCAGGGCCAUCAGGCGUUGUAGAGGGAACCUGGGCCCCGCCCACGCCCUCCCCUCGCCCUCUCCCCAGGACUUCGUGUGGGAGGCUUCUCACUACCUCGUGCGCCAGGUGUUCAACAGCCUGCAGGAGAUGUUCUCGGGCACCCGGUCCAUCCAGCGCUGGCUGACCGAGAGCGCCCGGCUCAUCUCCCACACGGGCUCGGCCGUGGAGUGGGUCACGCCCCUGGGCAUCCCCAUCAUCCAGCCCUACCACCGUGACUCCAAGGUCAUGAUCAAAGGCGGGCUCCAGAGCCUCACCUUCAGCAGCAGCGUGGACACCAGCCAGAAGCCCAACACGCUGAAGCAGAAGAACGGCUUCCCGCCCAACUUCAUCCACUCACUGGACUCCUCACACAUGAUGCUCACGGCCCUGCACUGCUACAGGAAGGGCCUGACCUUCGUCUCGGUGCACGACUGCUUCUGGACCCACGCUGCUGACGUUGCGGUCAUGAACCAGGUCUGUCGCGAGCAGUUUGUCCGUCUGCACAGCCAGCCCAUUCUCCACAACCUGUCCAGGUUCCUGAUCGAGCGGUUCUGCUCUGACCCCAGGACCUCCAAGAGCAUCUGGGUCUCCAGGCUGAUGGACACGCUGCUGUCUGUGCCCAAGACAGGGACAUUCAACCUGGAGCAGGUGAAGCACUCCACGUACUUCUUCAGCUGACGGCCCAUGCUGCCUCCCUGUACCUUAGUGUGAAUAAAGGCAGCCACAGUGCUUGCCUGCUAGGAGGCACCUCCACCCUCAGAAGAAAUCCUAGCGCCCGUUCCUAUCCCUCCUCAGGGCCACGCAGGCUCACACUUGCCUCUGUGAAGUCGCCCCAAGCCCCUCCCCACUCCGUCCCUCCCAGACCUUCCCCUCUGGCACCACCUCCCUGGAAACAGGGCAGGGCACACGGCUGGCGCCCAGUAACUGCUUGCUGAGGGUCACGGGUUGAACCGUCCGCCCACCACCAUCAUACGCUGAAGUCCUGAGCCCUGGUACGUGUGAACGGGGCCAGAUGUGGAAACAGGGUCUUUGCAGGUGUGAUUGGUUAAGAUGAGGUCGUGCUGAACCCAGUGGCUGGUGUCCUUACAGAGGAGGGGACACAGAGACACAGAAACAGGCCACGUGAAGAUGAAGGAAGAGGCCCGGGUGACGUGUCCACAAGCCAAGGACACCGAGAACCAUGGGCCACAACAGGAGCUGGGAGGGGCAGGAAGGACCCUCCCUGGAGCCUCUGGAGUGAGCACCCCGCCCCUCACCUCCUGCAGGGGCCCGUGGGGCUCCCCCAGGACCCUCCUCCGCACGCGGACCCCCACCUCACCUCCCGCAGGGGCCCGUUGAGCUCGCCCAGGAUGCUGUCCUCGUCGAACAUCUUGCCCUGGUAGCGGUGCUCGUAGUAGUCAUGGAUCUUCUGGCGGAAGUCAGCAGGCAGCUUGUGGAAGGACAUGUACUGCUCCACCUGCUUGUACUGUAACAGGGCGGGGGGGGGCCCGGGUCAGCGGCCGCCGCUCCCGAGCCCCCGCUCCGAGUGGGCCUCGACUUAACAGCAACACGCUACGAGAUGCCCAGGGCGAUCUGAACUUCAGAUAAACGACCAAAAUGCCCCAGAUAAGGAUAUCCUGGGCAGGGGACUUCCCUGGUGGUGCAGUGGUCAAGAAUCCGCCUACCAGUGCAGGGGACACGGGUUCGAGCCCUGGUCCUGGAAGAUCCCACGUGCCGUGG